GGCAAGUAAGGCUGAGAAAAUAUCACUUCCGUCUAGACGAGCUCAAGAAGUAAGUCCAGAAGAAUAGAUUUUUCUACCGUAAUUUGUACCAUCUUCCUGCUAGAGAAAUCAAAACAGACAGCAGUUUAUCAUUCCCGUCUAUCUCAUUCAGGAGAGUUUGGUAUUGGAGAUAUAAAGGACAUAUACUAGGAGGACGAGGAUGACGUGGAAGAUUUCGUUGAUCAUCACAUUGAUUGUGAUCGUCAACAGCACGCAACGCGUCACCAGUGACGGGCAUGCGGAAAUCGACAGCGUAGUCGAGAACGAGAACUCGGUCAUUGUCUGUAACCCUUCAUUACUCGAUGACGAUGACGAGGAGGGAUUCGGUCAUCACGAUUACGACGCUCUCUGCAUUCACCCAAGCACCUUCGGCGUUGCUACCGUUCAGUUCAACUUGGAUCAAGUAGACACGGAUAAGAGAUUCCUCGUUUGGCUUCAAACUGACAUCUGUUUAGGGUGCAAGUUACUACCUAUUGCCUAUUUAUCGGGGGAAACGAAGAAAGAAAGAACAGUUGCUUUGAUCGAUACGUCAUUGGCGACUAGUAUCAAAGUAACUACAUCCACUGCGACUUAUCCAUCGAUAAAUAACACGUAUUGCGAGUUGAGGCAUCAUUUUGGACUCAUUGGAGAAUAUAAUUUGACCGUACCAGCCACCAUACACAACACGACUACGGAAUGCACUUUAGUAACAUUGAAGAAACCAGCUUAUGAAAAUACAGCUGUGCUGGCUAAUUAUGGAGUGUUUGUUGCUUGGAUCAUAUUGGCUAUAACAUGGUACUAUUGUAUUAAAAGGCAUUGUCUUGGGAACAAGUCAGCUCAAUGCACUAUUAACGGUCACGUGUCCCAUGACCAAACUUCUCUGAUGCCAGUGAAUGAAAUAAGGGAGAGCUCUACUUCCCUUCGACUCAAGUCCGUUGAUACAUUCAGAGGGUUUGCCCUUUUCAAUAUAGCACAAGGGGUAGCAGGUGAUGGACACUACUGGUUUAUUUCUCAUUCUAGAUAUUAUGGUAUAACUGUUGCGGAUUUCAUAUUUCCAUGGUUUGUUUUCGUCAUGGGAACAUCAAUCCAUCUCGCGUUCAACAACCUCCUCUCCAAAGGUCGAAGUUACCGCUCAAUCUUCAAGAAACUGGUUGUGCGAAGCAUCACGCUUUUCGUCCUUGGGAUCUGUUUUCAGCCUCAUAAUGAUAUACGUACUCUUCGCAUCCCCGGAGUCCUCCAACGUUUUGGUAUCUCGUAUUUCGUAGUUGCUUCUUCAUAUCUUGUUUCUCGACGUCUUCUAGCCAGAAGGAAAGAAAGGACGAGUAAAUGGUAUAUGAUGUUCCGUGACGUCACUGACUAUCUUGAGCUACCUCUGGCUGUCUGUCUCAUUACUAUUCAUCUGCUUCUGACGUUUUUAUUACCAGUUCCCGGAUGUCCACUAGGUUAUCAAGGGCCUGGUGGUCCUCUUCUUGGAGAGAACGGUGAGCUAACGAACUGUACCGGGGGAGCUGCGGGUUACAUCGACCGUAUGUUCUUCACGGAAGCCCACAUCAUACCAAGACCGAAGUGCGCGAAGAUUUACCGAACGACCGUCUCGGUUGACCCGGAAGGAAUUCUUGGUACUUUGACCUGCAUCGCGCUUUGUAUAUUCGGUUUACAGGCGGGUAAGAUUCUGCAUCUCUUUUCCAGCGCGAAAGGGCGAAUCAUCAGACUUCUCAUCUGGGGUAUGGCACUGAUUACCUGCAGCGCCGUAUUAAGUAAAUGCCACUUGGCCGAUGGAUGGAUACCUAUCAACAAAACCCUGUGGUCUGUUUCCUAUAUCGCCCUCACCGGUGGACUUGCAUUCGUGGUUCAAGCCCUUCUUCAUUUUAUCAUUGACGUCACUCACUUUUGGAACGGAUCGCCAAUAAUCUACAUGGGUAUGAACUCUAUCCUGCUAUAUCUCGGAGUUGGAGUGUUGAAAGACUAUCUUCCAUUUACCUGGCAUCCUUUUUAUGAUAACCAUAGCGAGAGUGUUAUUAUGAGUACCUGGUCAGCAUUCUUGUGGCUCUUCAUAGCUUACGUCCUAUAUCGCAAGAAAAUAUUCCUACGGCUGUGAAGGUCUUUUUUCUGUUAAAUGAGAAGUUCACCGUGGCGAAAGCUUUAAUGUAAAAUAGCAAAAAUAAUUAUGAAUAUAAAUAUUGGUGAAGGUUUUUCGGAUUAUCCGUUUAGAUCCAUUGAGAAAGUUAUAAGUAUUUUUUUUUAUUUGUGACGUCAUAUAGUUUCCCCAUACGAUAUUCUAUAUAAAGUGCAUAUAUUUCAUUUGUUUUAAUGGUACAUGUCAGUGAUUUGAUUUGAUUUAUUUCUGCAUUCACAUCAAUAUCAGA